AUGUCUACCUUUGGCGAGUACUUCCGGGUCACUACCUAUGGCGAGUCCCACUGCCGCUCCGUGGGCUGCAUCGUCGACGGAUGCCCGCCGGGCAUGGAGCUCACCGAGGCCGACAUCCAGCCCCAGAUGACUCGCCGGCGGCCCGGCCAGAGCAACAUCACGACGCCCCGUAACGAGAAGGACCGCGUGUUGAUCCAGUCCGGCACCGAGUUCGGCGUCACCCUCGGCACCCCGAUCGGCAUGAUGGUCAUGAACGAGGACCAGCGGCCUAAAGACUACGGCAAUGCCACCAUAGACAUGUAUCCUCGACCUAGUCACGCUGACUGGACCUACCUCGAGAAGUACGGUGUCAAGGCGAGCAGCGGUGGAGGCCGAAGCAGCGCCCGCGAGACGAUCGGCCGCGUGGCGGCUGGCGCCAUCGCCGAGAAGUACCUGAAGCUGGCCUAUGGCGUCGAGAUCACAGCCUUCGUGACGUCCGUGGGCAAUGUGCACAUGUUCCCUCCUACGCCUGAGCACCCGUCGCCGAGCACGAACCCCGCCUUUUUAAAUCUCCUUCAGACCGUCAACCGCGAAACCGUCGACCAGUUCCUCCCCGUACGGUGUCCGGACGAAGAGAUGUCAAGAAAGAUGGAGGACUGCAUCGGAGAGUUCAAGAAGCGGGAAGACAGUAUCGGCGGCACAGUCACAUGCGUGAUCAAGAACGUGCCCUCGGGCCUGGGCGAGCCCUGCUUCGACAAGCUGGAGGCGAUGCUAGCACAUGCCAUGCUCAGCAUCCCCGCCACAAAGGGCUUCGAGAUUGGUUCUGGGUUCGGAGGCUGCGAGGUCCCCGGCUCAAUACACAACGACGCUUUCAUCCGCGCACCAGAGGAGACCGCCGGCGCACAGCAGACCGGCGCCGCCAGGAAUGGCCUCCACCGCCCGCGCCUCACCACGAAGACGAACUACUCUGGUGGCAUCCAGGGCGGCAUCUCGAACGGCGCGCCGAUCUACUUCCGCGUAGGCUUCAAGCCCCCUGCGACGAUCGGCCAGGCACAGACCACCGCGACCUACGAUGGCGAGAGCGAAGGUGUGCUGGCGGCAAAGGGAAGACACGACCCAUGCGUCGUCCCGAGAGCUGUUCCCAUCGUGGAGGCUAUGGCGGCGUUGGUGAUCAUGGACGCGGUCCUGGCGCAGCAGGCACGUCACACAGCGAAGAGCCUACUGCCGCCCCUGAGGCAGACCAUAAAUACAGCGAAGCCGGUGGGAAACGGGGUGUCGGAGAUCGGUAAGAAGGCAUAA